CACAGAGAGACGUCCUAUCAUCGUUUCUCGAAUCGCAUUGACGGCGAAGGCUACUAACCCACUCCUUCGUACGUAUUCACUGCUCCCUGUCAACCAUCAUUCAUCAUGACUCAGGACGAGCCGAAGUGCAUUCAUGUUUCGUUUCACGAUCAAGCGGCUCAGACUCCUGACGCCGUCUGUCUCAUCGAAGAAGAUCUGACAUUCACUUACGCCGAGGUCCAACGUCGCGUGAUUCUACUGGCAAAGGAACUCCGCGACAAUGGUUCCUGUACGAACGCUGUUGUUGCCAUUUUCAUGGAACCUUGUGCGGACUAUAUCAUCUCCAUGUUGGCUGUGCUGACGGCGGGGGCGGCGUACGUGCCGUUGGAACUCGCUUAUCCAAUCACCAUGUUGCAGCGUGUGCUGCACGAUGCUACACCUGUGGUGGUGGUGACUAAACAGGAACAACGAGCACUGCUGCCCGUGACAAACACGGCCUUGGCGGUUCUUUGUCUCGACGAUAACGAACAUCACGAGCUGCAGGAAACUGCCGGACAGCCAGAAUCACAGGCAGAACUAUUGCAGACGUAUCAGUCCUUUCCUCCAGUUUCGCUGGACGAUCUCGCCUUCAUUGUGUACUCCAGUGGUACUACGGGUCAACCCAAAGGUAUUGCAAAUCCGCACCGAGCUCCGGCCCUUUCGUACCGUUGGCGGUUUGACGAAUUCGUCGACCCUGGUCCAGGCAGUAUUGUAGCGUGCAACGUUUUCUUUGUUUGGGAAGCCCUGCGAGCCGUCAUGCGAGGCGGAGCUGUGGUCCCCGUUCCCGCUUCAAUCGUCUUUGAUGGCGAAGCCUUAUCUGUCUUUCUGCAUCAACACAGCGUUACGGAAAUGCUAUUUACACCUUCCCUUUUGGAAAACUUUUUCAAUACCAUGUCGGAAGCCGAUUUGCGAGCGCGAUUGGUUGCCUUGAAGACAAUUUUCCUUAAUGGGGAAGUCGUCACCCUGAAUUUGCGCGAACGUUGUUUCCGUUUACUACCCUCCGUUCGCUUCAUCAAUCUGUAUUCGAUUAGUGAGUGUCACGAAGUGGGUGCUGUCGAUUUGCGCGAAAUAGAUCUGAAUCUUUCCACCAAGUAUUGUCCGAUUGGUGCCCCAUGUACCUAUUCACCUGCAUACAUUCUAGACGAUGAAGGAAGACACGCUGUUGCACCUGGUGAUGCGGGCGAACUCUACAUUGGCGGAGACAUGUUGGCAGUGGGUUAUUUGAAUCUACCUGAACUAACGGCCACCCGAUUCGUGCCGGAUCCUUUUCGACCUGAUGAAGGGUGCAUGUACCGGACAGGAGAUCGUGCGCGAAUGUUGGAAAACGGACAGCUAGAAAUUCUUGGUCGCUGUGAUUUUAUGGUGAAAAUUCGUGGAUAUUCUAUCGUGCUAGGCGCCGUGGAAGCGGCACUGGUCGAAACCGUCUCUUUGUCGUCGUGUGUGGUUGUCGCCGACGGAGAAGAGGGCGAAGAUAAACACCUGGUGGCCUAUCUGGUGCGCGCACCCCAUGAGGAUGUUGAAACACGCCUCAGCCACUGGUCCAUUGAUACUCGUACCGGUGCUUGCCCAGAAAUUCGCCGCGCAGUCGACGGCGCCUUGCCACAUUACAUGGUUCCUAGUGUUUUUGUAGAAGUUGAAACAUUGCCAGUCAGUGCGGUCGGAGCAAAACUUGAUCGCAAGGCAUUACAGGCACAAUCGGCCGAUCGCAGGGCCAUGCUCCGGUCCUUGCAAUUGUCAGCCGAAACCCACACAACCCCGUUACAUACGGCUACUAGUCAUCAGCCAGCACGCUGGAAGCGCGUGGCGAAACAUUUACGGGUACCGCAUGGGUCGAGUCGAGAAGAUGUGGAAGAUGUCAUGCUCAUUUUAUGGGAAGUUGUUCUUGAUCGCGAGCCAGGCAUGUUGGACAGUAAUUCCGACUUUCACGAGCACGGAGGCCAUUCGCUUAGUGCUGCACGACUCGUCUCUUUGAUGAAUAAAACCUUCUCUUGCCGACUACUCGCAGUACAGCUGAUGCAAGGAAUGUCCAUAGGCACAGCAACAGAUGCUGUAGUGGCAUCUUGGUUGGAAGACCCGAUCUCCAAUGGUGGGGAAUCCGGAAGCAAUCGUGUACAUCAAAUGAAUGGAAGCGGCGGGACGAUUCCGAACGGCGCGUUGAGGACAGCAGAUGAAGAUCAGAUUAUCCAACAAGUACGUGGAGCUGCGGUCUUGCCGGAAGAUAUUAUACCAAAGUCUCAGGGAUUUCCGACUCGUGGUCUCGGCGAGAGCAAAGAAGUAUUUUUGACUGGAUCCACAGGCUUUCUCGGAGCUCACGUGCUGGCUGAGCUCCUACUCAAAUAUCCGUCCGCGACAGUGGUAUGUCUGGCUCGCUCCAAAGAUCCUAAAGUUGUUCAGAUUAAUCUGGAACGCUACAAGCUGUGGCAACCAGAAUUUUCUACUCGAAUUAAAGCCGUCAGCGGAGAUUUGUCGCUUGCGAAGCUUGGCUUGGAUCUAAGCAGCUGGAAGCAAAUAACACAGGCUGCUGAUGCUGUCGUCCAUUGCGGAGCUGCUGUGUCACUAACAUCUCCGUAUGCAAUGCUUGAAGCUGUGAAUGUGUACGGCACACUGAAUAUUAUUCGUCUUGCUUGUGAAUGCAAAGCCGGCACACCUCUUAUCUAUGUCUCGUCCAACGGAAUUUUCCCGUGUGACAAGGGCAAAGAUGAAAUUUUUCUUGAAAAUGAUGAUGUUGGGUGCCUGCCGGAUCGACUUGGAGCCAUGAACGGUUAUGGGCUUAGCAAAUGGGUUGCAGAGCAGCUUGUUGUCGCUGCGCACAAGCGAGGGCUCCCCACAAUGACAAUUCGUUUUGGCAAUCUAGGAUGGCAAUCAACUUCUGGGAUUGGUAACUCUUUGGAUUUUCAGAGUAUAAUUCUAAAUGGCGCUCGGCGAAUGGUGGUCCGGCCUCGUGUAAAAGGGUGGAAAUUCGAAAUCACGCCAAUCGAUUUUGCCGCAGCAGCGCUCGUCGGUCUUGCAGACACUGCUAUACACCUAAAAGCCGGGUCUAUCUUUAAUUGUGUCCAGUCAGAACUUGUCGAUGCAGACCGUGUCUUUGGUUGGGUGUCCGAGAGCGAUACCCUUUCUCUCUUGGCGCUUGACUUCGAAGACUGGCAACAGCGGGUAGACGAGGCGAGCAACGACGACCUGUCGCUAUCCACAUUGCAGGCCUUUGCCAUGGGGCUCCCAGGUGGAGCCUCGUACUUAUCCGAAUGUGCACAUCUAGAUUGCAGCAAGUUCGAUGCAGCCGUAGCCUCGCUUCAUCCCCCGUUACGGCGUCUUGGUCCUUCGGAACUUUCGGAGUAUUUCAAAAUCUUCCUUAGCGCCAACCCGAUUAUAUCGUCUGUGGCGGCCGACAGCGUCAUAAAGCCGUCUGCGGUCGAUCCCUCUGUUUCAACUGAACAUCAAGGUCCUCUGGCUGGUCAAGUUGCCGUCGUUACAGGCGCCUCGUCCGGAAUUGGUCGAGCAAUCGUCCUGUCACUGGUCCAAGCCGGAUGUAAUGUUGCUAUGGCUGCUCGUAGAUUAUCUGAGCUCGAAAAGACUCAAAAGGAAGUAGCUGAAGCGUGCAGCGGCUCUCCGGUUAAGAUGAUGUGCGUACGUACGGACGUUACGAAGCGCGACGAAGUGGCUCAUUUAGUACAGGUUGUAGAAGUUUCUCUGGGGCCAAUUGAUAUCAUGGUAAACUGCGCCGGGGUCAUGUACUUCACUUUGAUGAAAAAUGUAGUCUGGGAUCAGUGGGAAGCGCAAGUGGAUGUCAACUGUAAGGGAACGAUGUACGGAAUCGGAUCUGUACUUCCCAGAAUGCUCGAUCGAGGAAAAGGGCACAUCGUGAACAUUACAAGUGAUGCCGGCCGCAAGGCGUUUCCUGGGUUGGCGGUGUACUCUGGUUCAAAGUUUUUUGUCGAAGGGGUGAGCCAGGCACUUCGCGCGGAGACUGCCUCUACAGGGCUCCGAGUGACCUGUAUUCAGCCUGGUAACGUGGAGACUCCUUUGCUCUCGAAAUCAACCGAUCCCGAUGGGCUCGCAGAAUAUGGGACACCAACUGGCGCGAAGGUUCUCGAGCCGGCAGAUAUAGGCAGGGCUGUCGUAUACGCCGUGUCCCAGCCUGAGUGGUGUGCAGUAAACGAGAUUCUCGUCGAACCUCGAGACGAGCCCGCCUAA